ACAAACAAAACACAAAACGUGAAGUUUCAAGAAGCAACAAAACCUUCAUCAAUAUAUAAUCAUCACAUAUUUUCCACAAUUCAAACAAAAAAAAAAAAAAAGAAUUCUCUUGUGACCAAAUGGGUCUACUAGAUCUGGAAAAGCACUUUGCUUUCUACGGUUCUUAUCACAGCAACCCAACAAACAUCAUAAUCCAUAUUCUCUUUGUUUGGCCAAUUCUUUUCACCUCUCUUAUUUUCCUUUACUUUACACCUCCACUUUUUUCUCCUUCCCAAACAGUUCUUAAUUUUACUCACCCUGUCUUAAUUUUCAACCUUGGUUUUGUAUUCGCUGUUUUCUACGGUCUUUUCUACGCUGCUUUGGAUAUUAAAGCUGGUUCUUUUACGGCGGUUCUUACUUUUCUUUCUUGGGUUGGUGCUAGUUUCGUCGCUAAUUCCAUCGGCUACGAACUCGCUUGGAAGGUUGUGUUGGCUGCUCAGUUGUUUUGUUGGACAGGACAGUUUAUUGGCCAUGGUGUGUUUGAGAAACGUGCACCAGCUCUGUUGGACAACCUUGCUCAAGCUUUUCUAAUGGCUCCUUUCUUCGUUGUUCUUGAGAUCCUCCAAUCAUCCAUAGGAUAUGAACCAUAUCCUGGAUUUCAGAAAAAAGUGCAGGCAAGGAUAGAUGCUAAUAUCAAAGAAUGGAAGGAAAAGCAACAGAAGAAAAUUUCUUAGUUUGACAAAAGUUGUUACAAAUGUUGUUAUAUAUCAUUCCAUUGAAAUAAAGAAGAAAAAUAAAAUUUACAGGAGAUUAGAUAAGAUUAAUGUUGUUGAUAUAUUUGGGUAUAAUGUUGAAAAAUGUUAUGUAUUUGUGGAUGAGAUUAUCAAUUUAUUGUGUACUUACCUUAAAAUGACUUA